CACAAACAGAGAGACGGACACAGCGACAGACACGCUCCCCACAGAUUUUCUUGGCCGAGAAAAGGCGAGAAAAUUUUCACUGAAUAUGACCCUUCUGAGACCUCCUCCUGCUCUGAAGUGCUACUCUCUCCGAGUAAUGGCGUCGCGUUUUCUCACUUGCUCUUCCAUUCAUACCCAAACCACCUACUCUCUGUCUUCAUCUUUUACUCCUCCCCCUCUUCUCCUUAAUACCAGGACAAGUUUUACAUUGAGAAGAGUUCGUAGUAGGAUUUUGUUUAGAAAUGCGUUCUCUCUAAGGGCGUUUAUGUCUUCAAGUAUUGCCACCGAGCCUUUUCAAGAAAGUACUAGCUCAAAAGCUUAUGGGUCUGAACAGAUUCAGGUAUUGCAAGGUUUAGACCCUGUUAGAAAAAGACCAGGAAUGUAUAUUGGAAGCACUGGACUUCGUGGUUUGCACCAUUUGGUUUAUGAAAUAUUAGAUAAUGCUAUUGAUGAGGCGCAAGCAGGAUUUGCUUCAAAGAUAGAUGUUGUCCUAUAUGAGGAUAAUUCUGUCAGCAUCACUGACAACGGGCGUGGGGUAUUGCAAGGUUUAGACCCUGUUAGAAAAAGACCAGGAAUGUAUAUUGGAAGCACUGGACUUCGUGGUUUGCACCAUUUGGUUUAUGAAAUAUUAGAUAAUGCUAUUGAUGAGGCGCAAGCAGGAUUUGCUUCAAAGAUAGAUGUUGUCCUAUAUGAGGAUAAUUCUGUCAGCAUCACUGACAACGGGCGUGGGAUUCCAACUGACUUGCAUCCGGCAACCAAAAGGUCUGCUUUGGAGACUGUGUUGACGGUUUUGCAUGCAGGUGGCAAAUUUGGUGGUUCAAGUAGUGGUUACAGUGUCUCAGGUGGAUUACAUGGUGUGGGUUUAUCUGUUGUUAAUGCAUUGUCCGAGGCAUUAGAAGUUACUGUUUGGCGUGAUGGAAAGGAGUACCAGCAGAAAUAUUCUCGUGGGAAGCCUAUGACGACUUUGUUAUGUCAUGAGCUUCCUAAAGAAUCAAAAGAUCGUGAAGGGACACGGAUAAGGUUUUGGCCUGAUAAAGAAGUGUUCACGACUUCAAUUCAGUUUGACUACAAUACCAUAGCUGGACGAAUAAGGGAACUUGCUUUUCUAAACCCUGAGCUUACUAUUACUCUGAAGAAGGAAGAUGCUGACAUAGAGAAGAACCAGUAUAAUGAAUACUAUUAUGCUGGGGGAUUGGUUGAGUACGUGAGAUGGCUAAAUACUGAUAAGGCAGAUUCACAGUUCACAGUCAUGGAAUCACAAUUGCUAGUCAAGAAACCACUUCAUGACAUCUUGGGUUUUAGAAAAGCAGUAGAUGGAAUCACAAUUGAUGCAGCUCUUCAAUGGUGUUCGGAUGCAUAUUCAGAUACAAUGCUGGGAUAUGCUAAUAGCAUACGUACUAUUGAUGGUGGUACUCACAUAGAUGGUAUGAAGGCUUCCCUAACUAGAACUCUCAACAGCCUGGGGAAAAAGUCAAAGAUUAUCAAGGAUAAGGAUAUAAGUCUAAGUGGUGAGCAUGUAAGGGAGGGAUUGACAUGUGUAAUCUCAGUCAAAGUUCCAAAUCCAGAGUUUGAAGGACAAACAAAGACAAGGUUGGGAAAUCCGGAGGUGCGAAAGGUGGUUGAUCAAUCUGUUCAAGAGUAUCUUACUGAAUUCUUGGAGUUGCAUCCAGAUAUACUUGAUUCAAUACUUUCCAAGUCCCUUAAUGCUCUCAAGGCAGCUCUGGCAGCGAAGAGGGCAAGGGAGCUGGUGAGACAAAAGAGUGUCUUGAGAUCGUCAUCUCUUCCCGGAAAGCUUGCUGAUUGUUCAGCAACAAAUCCUGAAGAAUCUGAAAUAUUUAUUGUUGAAGGAGAUUCAGCUGGUGGAAGUGCAAAACAAGGUCGUGAUAGGCGCUUUCAGGCCAUUCUUCCUUUAAGGGGUAAAAUUUUGAACAUUGAACGAAAAGAUGAAGCAGCAAUGUACAAGAAUGAAGAGAUUCAGAAUCUUAUUCUUGGUUUGGGACUUGGAGUAAAGGGUGAGGAUUUUAAAAAGGAAGCUCUUCGCUAUCAUAAGAUCAUAAUCUUAACUGAUGCUGAUGUAGAUGGUGCUCAUAUUCGGACGUUGCUAUUGACCUUUUUCUUUAGAUAUCAGAGAGCUCUAUUUGACGAAGGGUGCAUUUAUGUUGGUGUUCCACCCUUGUACAAGGUUGAGAGGGGAAAGCAAGCAUACUAUUGCUAUGACGAUGCAGAACGUAAACAACUUCAGAGCUCCUUCCCUGCAAAUGCAUCAUACAGCAUUCAGAGGUUCAAAGGUAAGACCAGACACAUGAUGCGUAAGACUCCCCUGAAUGUUUAG